AUGCCUCACAAAACCUCAAAGACUUCUUCAGAUGUUAAAAUGCAGUAUAAACAUAUGGAGAAAUCAGGUGACCAGCAGCAUGGGAUUCAUACAAAGAGCAAAGACCAUCUUCAUUCGCAAUCCCAAGAAAAAGAAAAAGCAGGUUGUGAGGACCAUGCUGUUACGGUCACUGAAACCAUUGUCAUCACUGAGAAGAUCACUCCCAAAACCCAGAUGAAAAAGAAAAAGAAGCCCACACAACAUGGGGCAGCAAAACCUGAGAAUGAUCUAUCAACCGAUGUAGGUAACAGAACCAAUCAGAAGAGUGCAAAUGGCAAGACAGAGAAAGUUGAAGUAAAUUUGGCAUCGAAUGGUCUGGAUAAACCAGCAUCUCAUCGUCACACUAAGAUGGAUCUUGUGAACACUGAUAAAACACAGAAAGUCAUGCCAGUGAGACCCAAAGUAAAGGCCAGUCUAAAGAUUGUGGCCAAAAUGGACCCUGCCACCUCUGCUCAGAAAGCCAUCCCUGUAAAACUCAAAGCAGACACCAGGGGAAGUAACAUGGCCAAUAUGGGAGAUAACACAUGCGGCCCAGAUCCUCAAAGCGCUCGUUCACCCAGCAUGCUGAAUGAGGACAUCAAGCGUAGGCGAAUCGCAAGCAACCUGUCUGGAGCUAUUCCAUUAAGGACAAGACCACAGCUGCCUGCAAUUUUUCACCAAGCAAGAAAAGAUGGCGAAGGUGCCACAAUGACAUCUUACAGUGAGGCCAUCAACCAGAAGACUCCACCACCAAAAGAAGUUGUGGUUUCUCGUGUGGUCUCAGAGAUCCAGGCUGAUCCACUUCCUGCUGCCCACCAGAACAUCUGCCUCUGGUGCCGGUUCAGUCCGGUCCCACCUGAUGCCACCAUUAAGUGGACUAAAGAGGAAACUGUGCUAUCAGAGAGCAGAAAAGGAGAAGGGGACGGUGACCGAUUCAAACUGACCAUUAUAAAGGCCUGCAGUAAAGACCUGGGACUGUACAAAUGCAGCCUGACCACCUGUAACAUUUCUGUUUCUACCGCAGAGUACCACCUCACCUCUGAGGUGCUUAUGGAACUUGUCAUCCCAAAUCAUGAUCAACCAGUUGAGCCCAGGAUUGUGGAUGGGGAAGAAGAGAGUAUUCAAUGCAGUCUGCUUCUAUUCAAGGAAGAUUUUCUAUCGGAUCAGUAUUUUGGAGAGAAUCAGCCGGCUAGCAUUGUAACAGAGAAGGUCCACUUUGGUGAAGGCAUGCACCGAAAGGCAUUCAGGACCAUGCUUAGAGCAAGCAAUCUACCACGCUUCAACCCUAGCCAUCCCUGUGUCCUGAAAGUGCACAAUGCCAUUGGCUAUGGGGCCAAAAAUAAUAAAGAACUUGUUCAGAAGAAUUAUAGCCUGGCUGUAGAGGAAUGUCAUGUGCAGAACACUGCCAGGGAAUAUAUCAAGGCCUACCACUGUGUGGCUAAGUCUGCAGAAUCAUUUGGAGAGGUUCCAGAGAUCAUCCCUAUUUAUUUGGUCCACCGGCCUUCUAGUGACAUCCCUUAUGCCACUCUUGAGGAGGAGCUGCUGGGUGACUUUGUGAAGUACUCUGUGAAGGACGGAAAGGAGAUCAAUCUGAUGCACAAAGACUCUGAGGCGGGUCAGAAAUGCUGCGCUUUUCAGCAUUGGGUCUACACCCAGACUGAAGGCAACCUGUUGGUCACCGAUAUGCAGGGUGUUGGUAUGAAACUGACAGAUGUUGGGAUAGCCACCUGUAAGAAAGGGUAUAAGGGAUUCAGAGGAAACUGUGCCACUUCCUUCAUUGAUCAGUUCAAAGCUCUGCAUCAGUGUAACCGGUACUGUGAGCUGCUGGGCUUGACGUCCCUGCAACCCAAAUCAAAACAAUCCGUUGUUCCCCCAAAGCCAAAAGGACAACCUGUGCUCAAGAAAAAGACCUUUGGCUCAGUUCUGAAUGGCAAAUCCUGAUUGGAUAGAAUCCUUGAACUUUUGCUUUUAGGAUAAAAAGAGUUUAAAGACUCAUUAGGAAUUGUUGUCUUGCUCAGGGACAAAUGUGUUUCUGAGCUGUUUUAUCUUAAGAUGCUGAAAGAGAUGACAUUCAUCUGUAAGGAAAUUUUGGAGAGUUACUUUUUGUUGAGAUUUAUUUCAUUCUAUUUGAUUUACUGUGUAUUUUAUACAAUUCUAUCAAGGGUGAAGAUUUGGCUUGAACAUUGGGGAUGGGUGGUGGGGGUUACAGUAUGUAGAAUAUAUAUGUUUCCAUUGAUCGUGGUGUAAAUAUUGUGUGUGUGUGGGGGGGUGAAAGAUAUUAAGAUAUCUUAAUAUCGCACAGAUAUCACACAGAAAUGUGUCCACAGGCCACGGACAAUGACACCUUCUCCUAGUAGGCCUAUUGUGGUUGCAGAUAAUUAUUUUGGCAUAAUGCCAUUUUUAUGCCAUGUUGCUCAUAACCGUUUCAGUUGAGGGCGCUAUUUUGCGGCUGUUGUUUUUGACAAUGGUUUCUGUUCAAUAUGGGUCUCAAUAAACCUCAUGUGGUAUUUUUGGAGUGCGGAAAGGGGUGUGGCUAAUCUAACAACUCAGUUUAUGGGAAUUAUAGAAUAGCUAAAAUCGCACACAGAACCUUUAACUAAUGAUAACAUACACAACUUUUAAUGUAAAAAAAAUUUUUUUUAAAUGUAGAAGUUAGAGUUGUAAUAGUAUUGUUCACUGAUAGGUCAUGUUAACAAAUUUGAACAAAUUUCACUUUUUUUAAUUAGUAUUCUUUUUUUUAAUGUGUCAGUGCUGCUAACAGCUUAUUUUUUACAUUUAGCUUUUGUUAUUUUAGUAUGAUAAAUAUGCCAGUAUACUGUAUACUGUUGUAACAUAGGAAACACUUGCUAAUGUUAUUAUCACAUUUAUUAUUAUAAGUGCAAUAAAAUAAGUAAAGUUUAUGUAAAAUGUUCAAGUGUAAACAUAUGAACUUUAUGUGUGAAAAGAAUAUGCAACAAAGAAAAAGAUUAUUGUUACAAUUUAAUGUUGUAUGGUGAAUGGAAGCUGCUAAUUUUGAAUGAUAAGAUGUACAUGUAUGUUUAAAUGAGAUGUCCUGUUACAAUACUUGAGUUUUUGUGCUACUCUUCUCUGUCUCUCUCUCUCUCUCGAGCAGAGUUCAUACAGUUAACAUUGACCUUUUGUCUCAUGGUGAACUGUAGGAUAAGGUGUUGAAUCUGAUGCUAUGGAAAUCUCUGUACUCUUGCCCUAGUAAACAGCUGUUGAUUUGCCCCAGCAAGCAUGACAAACCUUCCACCUUCAUGUUUCAAUCAUCUCUCCAAAGUCAUAUGACUUAUUGCCUCAUUACUAUAUAUAAACACAUUCACAUUUCUAAAGCAAUGUAGUAUUUGUCCUCUCUUUUUUUUAUUUGUUAUUGAAACACUUCGGCUGCACAAAUCGCCUGAAAUGUCUUUUACUUUAAACACUGUGAUGUUGCAAACUGUAUUCAGUUGAACGUGUUGCAUUUGCAAUGUAUACUGAUGUAGAUUUAUGCAAAUAUAGUCUUAUCAAUGUGGUUGUGACAUCGUGAGGUUAAGCUUGCUUUACUAACUGUGGCUUGAGGCUCAAAGGUUAUCAAAUGCUUGGCUUAAUUUAACCACGAUCCUGCUCUUUUGACUUUGAAUGAUACCCAUGUGUGAAUGAUUUGUAUAUAAAUAAACAUAUUUUUCUUUAUUGAUUCUAGGCUUUAUUUGAGCAUUUUGAAUUUAUUGAUAGCAAUCCAUCCAUACAAACAACUAAACUCGGGGGAAACUGGCUAUCCAUAUAUACAUUGUUUUAAUUGUCUUGGGGUUACCAUGCUAAGUCAUUUAGACUGUGUACAAGGGAACACAAUAUGCAUACUUUAUACAUCAACGUGUCUAAUAUAGAUAAAUGGGUCAGUAGGCAUACCUAUAGCAGACAUGCCAUCUUGCUGUGCCAUCUAUUUUUGCCAACCACCAAUCUAUCAACCAAUCCGCCAUAGACAAAAUAAAGCCUCUCUCUACAUACAUACACAUUCAUACAAUAAGACACAAUGGUCGACAUCUCAUAUUCCAAAGAAGUCCAUAAAAGUGCUGUGAGAACUGUUGCUCUGUGCUGAUUGGCUGAGGAGGUUGUGAGG